AUGGAACACAGCGAGCGAGUAGUGAAUUUGUCGCAGCGUAAACUCAACUCGCUCCGUGUAGAGGCCGACGCAGCAAGCGAGCGUGCCGAUGAGCUCGCAGCCAAGAACAAGCAGCUCGAGCAGGAGCUACUCACCAAAGACCAGGAGAUCGCUUCGCUGCAGCACAAGCUGAGCGUGGCUGAAGGUGACCUCGACAAGCUGGAGGGCAAGCUGCACGAGCACAAGUCGGCCCGCGAGGAGCACGAGUCAAAUGCCACCAACUCGGAAUCGCUUCAACGCAAGGUCGACUUGCUCGAAGGCGAGCUCGACACUGCCGAGAAGAACCUGCGUGAGACCACCGACAAGUAA